AUUAUGUUCUUUCUAGUUUUGGAGGAUAAUUUUCGAUUAUGUUUUUUCUUGUGGAUGAUUCUGAAUUUUUGUCAGUGUUGAUGGAUUUUGAAUUUAGAAUUGUGUUUCGAGACUGAUAUGCAAAUGAAUGACUUUUUUGGAUUGUCAUACACAAAAGGACCGAUUGAGGAAGAGUUAAUAGCUUAAUUGAUUUGUUUAGUGGAAAGGUUACCUUAAAGGACCGGUUGAGGCAUUAUGAAUAGUAAUCUAUUAGACAAUAUGUAACGAAAGCACUGGCCUAGGAUAUUAUGGAGUUGUAUAUCUUGCUAAGUACUAGUAUACUAUGUCUUGUGUUUCUACAUUUUUUAAGUGGAUUUAUUUUGUCAGGCUAUCAAAGAUAUUGCACAUAUAAAUCUAAAGGAGGAUUAUUUGGGUCCAAAGAAAAUGUUUUAGCCAGUGGUGAUGAGAAAAAAUCUGACAAACCGACAGAAAAGAAAGAAGAAAAGAAAAGUGAAAGUAUAAAAUCUGGAUUAUUUGAAGAUGAGGGUGAUGAUUUAUUCGGUGGUCCCGCACCAAAACCAGCUGCCUCUAAACCAGCUGCGGAAGCUGCACCAGCGAAGAAGAAGCCAGUAGGAGGAGUGUCCUUAUUUGGCGGGGCUGAUAUUUUGAAGAAAAAGGACCCGGUUGAGGACACUAAAAAGAAUGAAGAGAAGGCCAAACCCAGUAAAGAUGGUAAUAAGUUAUCUCUAUUUGAUGAUGAUGAUGAUGAGGACUUGUUCUCUACCAAAAAAUCCUCCACAUCACAACCAAAAACACAGCAGAAACCAGCAGAAGUCAAACAGAGGAAAGAAGGUGGUAAAGGUUUAUUUAGUGAUGGGGAUGAUGAAUUAUUUUCACCCACAGAAAAACCCAGAGCUGACUCUGGGGGUAAAAAAGACACCAAAACACAGGAAGAAGACAAGUCAAGUGCCAAGAAAGCAGCCCCAGUGAAAUCACCCUUAGGAUUAUUUGAUGACGAUGAUGAAGAAGAUUUAUUUGGAUCUUCAGCAAAAUCAGAAAAGAAGGUACUGGUAGCUGGAGCCACAGAAACGGAAUCCUCAGAUGCACCAGAGGCACCAGUGGAAGAAAAGCCAGCAGAACCAGCUAAACCCAAGAAAAUGCCUGGAGCUGUAUCUAUGUUCGGAGGACUGGAUCCCACGGCGCUGUUAAAGAAAAAGAAACAGGAUUCUGAGGAGAGAGAGACUGAAAAAUCUGAAGAUAAAGAAACGAAAGAUGAAAAGAAAGAAGAAGCUAAAAAAUCUGAUCCAUUGUUUGGUUCUGAUAAAAAGGAAGAGUCCACUGCCUCGCCUACAUCACCAACACCAUCUUCAGGACCGAAACCAUGGAAACCUGCCGGUGCUGUGUCCAUGUUUGGUGGAAUGGAUCCAUUAGCAGGAUUAAAGAAGAAGCAAGGUGCCAGUUUUGAGCAGCCUUCACCUUCAGAAGAGAAAUCCCCUACGGAAGACAAGGAAAAGACAACUCCUAAUAGUGAAGCUACAGAUGACAGUAUUAAAGAUGUACCCAGUCCUCCAUUGCUAGAAAAUGGCGUUCCUCCAGCACCAACGUUAGAUAAUGAUACUUUAGGGGAUUUGCCUGUUAUUUCAACACCAACAUCAACACGACCAGGUCAAACUUCAGGAGGAAAGAUUGGUUCGUUACAGGCUAACCUAGCUAUCAAUCCAGCAGCAUUGCUUCCUGGUUCUGCACCACCCUCAACAGCACCCGAACCUAUUGCAGCUACUUUUGAUGAACCUGCUGAAGCCAGUACUCUUAGCAGUAAAAAUAAGGAAAGAGCCAAGAUUUCUAGAAAACGACGCCCACAAAGUCGAUACGCCCGUAGAUCACGAGUGUUCGAAGAUGGCGUAACAUAUGAAGACAUUGCUUCCAUGACCCCAGGUGAUGCACAAGGAGACAGUCCAAAUCUAGCUAAUGGUGUUGCUAACGGCAACGAAAGUCCUAGAGCCAGUCCAGAAAAAUCUCCAUCAUCAGAAAGGACGGCAACGACAGAAAAAUCACCUGAAAAAUCCUCUUCACCUGCGAAAAUGGAUUUAUUCGGAAAUGAUGACCUCGUGGGUGACAUCUCUUCAGAAAAGACCACAUCAGCCUUAGUUACGGAGGACAAGAAAGAGGAUAAAGAUGUUUUCACGUCUGGCAAAUUUUCAUCAGGGGCAGAUAAGUCUGAUUCUAGUAAACAAUCAGCAGAUGACUUAUUUAGUGAUUUAGACAAACCGAAAAAAACUGAAACUGUGGAUAAGGAAGAUUUGUUCUCCCCUCGUGCUAGUGACACAAAAUCUGAUAAAACUGUUGCUAAGGAACGAACGAGGUCCAAAGCAACAGCAGACGAAGAUGACUUAUUUGCCAGUUCGUCGGUGAAAGAUAAAAAUAAAAAAGAUAAAUCGAAGUUAAAGAUUGUAGAUGACGAGGAUAUUUUCGCUGAUGCCAGUAUUAACAAAAAGAAACCAGAGAGUAAAUCUAAAUCAAAGGAGAAAACUCCAGUAGAUGCGGAAGAUGAUUUUUUUGCUACUUCCAAAAAACGAUCCAAUACUAAAUCGAAGGAGAAGGAUGAGCCCGAAGAAGAUAUAUUCGCAUCAACCUCAACUACAAAAGAUGACAAAAAAGAAAGACGGAGACCGAAAAAAGCCUCAACGAAGGACGAAACAUUAUUUCAAGAUGACACAGACAUUUUUGCUGACAUUCCUUCCUCCAAAACUAAAGAUUUAAAAAAGAAAAAGAAGGCACCAACAGAAAAGAAAGGAAUUUUCAAAGAUGAUAUAGAUGAUAUUUUUGCUGAUUCGACGCCAGUUGUUGGAAAAGCGAAGAAAGAAUCCAAGAAGAAGGAAGAAUCGAAAGACGCGACAAACGACAUCUUUGACGACCCCCUCGGCACAAAAUAA